CGGCGGGGCGCUGCCGGAGCCCGCUCCGCCGGGCCAUGGCCAGCACCGGCUCCGCGCCCGGGGGCGCCGGCCCGGGCUCGGGCACGGCGCUGCCCACCCGCUUCCAGGAGACAGAGAAGCUGCUGUCGGCGACAGAGGGCCGGGAGGAGAAGGGCCUCCGCGGCUCCAAAUCCUUCACGGCAGCCUUGCCCGGCGAGACGGAGCGCAACGGGCACGGGCUCGGCUACAAGUCGGUGUCGGUCGGGCACCUGGAGGCGCCGCCGCUGUCGCCGUCCCGGCUGAGCCUGGGCAGAGCCUCGUCCACGGCCACCAGCACGGCGGCCCCGGAGCAGGGCCGCCCGCGGGACUACCUGGUGCUCGCCAUCUUCUCCUGCUUCUGCCCCGUCUGGCCCAUCAACAUCGUGGGCCUCGUUUUCUCCAUCAUGUCGAGGAACAGUGGCCAGCAAGGGGACACAGAUGGUGCCCGGCGGCUCGGACGCAUGGCCAGGCUGCUCAGCAUCGUCUCCAUUGUGCUGGGGACCAUCAUCAUCGUGCUCUACAUUUCACUCAGCGUCAGAGGUUCCUAG